ACUAACACCGUGACAACCGGUCAACGUUGACCUCGGUCAAGUCAUCAUUUAUCCUGGUAAUUGGGCGCAUCAUGAUGGUGGCAGUUUUCUUGAAUUCAGCGCCGUUCGUGGUAAUCAGUGUGAGUUUGAUCAUGAGUGGCAGCCAUCUGCGGCCAUGCGUCAUUAAUAUUGGUACGUUUGGCAUGGUUUCGUGAUGCGACUGUGCGCACUGCGCAGGCCAUAUGUAGUAUGGAAGGUUGCAUAUACAACGACCGGGCAAGUCAUCUACCUUAUUGCUUACAGGAAAUGUUGAAUCAGAGUUAUUCUGGAUCACGAUGUUAACUAGCAGCUUAGUGACACUUGCACUUGCACUUCCUUUCACCAUUGCGCAAAACCUGAGCGUGCCAUCUACGUGGCGUGAUCCUAGCACUUCUAUUUCUCGUUCAGACCGUGUCUCAAUUGCACGGAAUUGUAUCAACACUCUUACUGCUGUGCUUGACACUGAUACAGGUUCUUUCAGUGGUCUUGGAUAUUGGCAGGAUGCGAACGUGCUUUCCGCAAUGGCUAAUCUGGAUUACUUCACAAAAUCAACAACAAAUCGACAUGCAGUGACAGAUAGCUUGAAUGCUGCCUUUGGUUUAUAUACAGAUUAUGAUCAGUACGGGUAUAAUGAUGAUGCAAUGUGGUGGGCUACAGCAGCUUAUUAUGGCUACCGCGCAUACGACGAUCCCAAUCUUUUGAAUCAUGCCAUCGCAACUUGGCAGCACGUCUCGAACUACGUCAUCACCGCAUCCGAUGCGAGCUCUGGAACACAGCCCAACAAGGACUUUCCCAUUGAGGGGUCCUGUGAUGGAGAAACUACGGUGGGGGGUGUUUUUUGGCGCCCCUCGAGCAGUGACACUAGUGUCAACUCUAUCACUACUGGCCUCUAUAUAGCUCUCUCGGCCUACCUCGCGUCCACAACUAAAAAUAGCACUUACACCGAUGCUGCAAUUCUCUCCGCCAAUUUCAUCAAGACCACUAACAUGAAUUCCGAGGAUCUCGUCCUUGAUACGAUCGAUGCUCAGGACUGCACGCGUUCUUCCUCGAGCUGGCUGUUCACUUACAACAGCGGCAAGUAUAUCGAAGGUUUGAGCGUCCUUGCAUUCGUCACUGGCGACCAUAGCUGGACUUCACUCAUGCUGGAUGUUGUUGCCGCAGCAACAAAAGCGCCGGCAUGGGAAGGCAGUGAUGGCAUUAUUACCGAAGGCGCCGACGUUACAGAAGACAAUGACGGUAUUGGAUUUAAGGCUGUAUUUAUCCGCGGCUUAGCUGAGGCCUGGAGCCGCAACUCUGGUAACACUGCCUUGAGGGCUCUUAUCCGGAGCUAUACUAACGUUCAGUACAACGCGUUGCUUGACCUGGCGUCGAAUAGCAGUUCUAGCUCUACGUGGUACUCACCGGCCUGGGAGGGUCCUGGCCCAACCUCGUUCAUCGUAUGGGGACAGCUUGCGGCCGUAGACGUCCUAGUUUCCGCGGUGAGCGUCAAUAGCUGAUAAGCUGGAAUUAUAGAUCCUUCCAGCGAGUCUUGAUAUAGACGUAGAUAAGUAUCGAUAUUCCAAAGGUGAAAAUAUCCAUGAUAGACAGACGAAGAUUUGCGCGUAACUGGACGAUGGGAAGAGUCACACUGAUUGCAUGUGUUUUGUAGACUCACAGUAAACGCCGGUCACCAAGUUGUUGCGCAGUCAGAUCUUAGUUUCCCGAGUAUGCUUCUCAAUGCUGUCGAUUUAAAAUGCGUCACUCCUUGACUUAGACUUCCAUCAAUAUCCAGC